AUGGAUUCUUGCAACAAUAAUGACUUUUAUAAUUGCUGUAGCUGUGCAACUUGCAUUUUUUCUGAGUUAAUAAAAAUUGGUGAGUGUAUCCUGAGCUCGUGGUGCACGGACAACAUCAAAGCUCUAUUAAUUAGUUUGAUGAAUAAUCCUUAUUUGAAUAAGUUACGAGAUGAUAUUUGUAAACUUGUGCAGUUAAACAAUUCAAAAGACAUUCUUUACUCUAAAAUGAGGUUAUAUGGUUGUAUGGAUUGGAAUCUUGCUAGUGACAAACGGAAGCUUCUUUCACCCCAACAUAUGGACGAAGUUGAGACCCGAGUUAUAAAUUACUUAUCACGUUUACCUCUAAUUUAUCAAAAGCUUUUUAUUCUAUAUGUUUUGGUUGGUAGCAGUCCGUCUAUGACAAGUUCGAUCAGCUCUGAACUUCAUAAAAAUUCACUACAAAAUGGUAAUUUUAAGACUCGGGAAUAUGAAUCUUCAAUACAACUGCCAUGGAAUAUCACCUCAAAAAUUAAGUCAUUUGCUAACAAUCAAGAAAAAAAGGUUGCCUGUAAGACAAGAGGUAGCUCUUCAACUGAACUUCAAUGUACGUCAUCACUGUUUCGAGUUGAUCCACACUUUAUGAGAUACACAUUAGUACCAGUGCCUGUAUGCCCAAUUCAGUUGAAAAGUAAAAUUUCAGGUGAACCAAACUCUGGGUUAUUUAAGGAACCACGGGUAGUUACAGGGAGUCAUGAUAAUACAUGUAGUCAAGGGACAAAAAUGCAAUCUGAUUCAUCUGAUGAUUGGAAUGAUUUGAUACAAAAAUCAUGGGAUUCAAUAUCGUAUGAAAUAAAACAAGCGUAUAAUAAGAUAAAAAUACGAUAUGCUUUGAUGUUUGAACGAAAUAUCUACUGUGGACCAUUUAGCAUUUAUGUAUUGUUAGAAAGGCAACCAAAUCAACCAUUAUGCAAACGACGUGUAAUACAUGUAGAUAAUAGAAGUCAUUGGUUAGCUCAUUGUGAAGGACGAUCUCAACAACGUACAAUUAAAUUUAUAGAUAUUACUAUGAAGUCAUUUAGUGAAAAAUCCCCAUCUAAUUGUAUUCAUAAACAAAAUGGUAAUGUUAAUCAAUCCGGUAGUACUGCUGAAUUUAUGGCACAUUUAAAUCGUGUUUGGUUAAUUGGACAUGCUGGAAGUGUAAAAACAUUAUGGUUAGAUAUUAAACUUCAAAUUUUAUUAUCAGGUAGUUAUGAUACAAGUAUUCGUUUAUGGAAUCUAUCGGAUAAUAAUAAUAAUAAUAAUCAACAUUGUUUAAAUCAACAAACAAAUCCAUUAAAUCCUAUAAGUUUUAGAAAUAGUCGAUCAAAAUGUAUUAGAAUAUUUCAUGGUCAUACAGAUACUAUACUUUGUAUUUGGUUAGAUCAAACUAAAUUAUGGUCAAAAUAUAAUAUAACAUCUGAAAAACGAUCAUAUUCAUCUUAUCAUUCAAAUCAAAGAUAUAAUAAUAGUAAUAAUCUAAAUGAUGAUGUUAAAAAAGAAGGAUUUCAAGGUACAUAUCAAUUUGCAAGUGGUUCAGUUGAUCGUACAUGUUGUAUCUGGAGAUUAGAUGAACAAAAACCAUUAUGGAUUAUGAAACAUUCAACUCCAAUUACAUCAGUAGGCUUAAGAGGAUAUAUUUGUACAACUGGUGAACAUAGUGGACGUAUAAAUGUAUGGAGAAUUGGCAAUAAAAAACCAAUUUUAAUAAAGGUAUUAACUGGUCAUACUGAUGUUAUUACAGCGUUGCGGUUUGAUAACUAUCAUUUAGUCACAUCGUCCAAGGAUAAAUCUGUAAAAAUAUGGUCUAUAAUUGGAGAAUUUGCCGAUUGUAUAGGUACAUUAGUGCAUACUGGUGAAGUGUUAUGUGUUGAAUUGAUUGAUUUAAGAAUAAUAACUGGUUGUUCAGAUGGUCGUAUACGUAUAUGGAAUUUAUUAACUCAACAUUGUCAAAGAAUAUUGCCGGGAAAUUAUCGUCAUGAUCCAAUUAUAAGCAUUAUGCCAUUAGAAAAUCGAUUAAUUGUUAAUACACAACACAAUAUAUUAGCUUUAAAUUUUGAUACUGUUAAAUGGGAAUAUCAUGAAUCAGUUGAAGAUAAAGCAGAAGAAUUUUGGUUGAAAUCAAUUAAGAAUAAAUCAAAUCAACAGAAUAACAAUUCAUUACACUCUAAGCUUAGUUAUGCUGAAUCAAGAUAUAUUAGAUCAUGUUUAAUUAAUUCAGCAGAUCCAAGAUUUUUUAAACGGUCAAAUAGGAUAGGUGUAAGGCAUAAAUCAGCUUGUCGAUCUUUAAGUGAACAUUCAAAGUCAAAUAGAAUGAGUAGAGUAUCAUCAGGGUCAUCGAUUCAAUCAAAUUCUAAUAGAUCCAAUGAUUCGUUACGAAAUAAUAAAAAGAAAUCUUUUGAAUUUGAAUUUUUAAUAUCACCACCAAUACCGGGAACUUAUGCGGUGAAGCACAGUGUUAUAAAACGUCCUAAAUCAGCAUUUGCAGUUACUAAAGAAUUAAAACAAAAAGAACAUGAACAAUUAUUAUGUAAUACUAAUAAUAAUAAUAAUUUAUUCAAUCAAUCAAUGAAACAAAAUAUUUCCACUAUAGAACAUCAAACAAGACAAGUAAAGGUAACAAAUGACAACAAUACUACUACUAAUACUACUUCUACUACUACUACUACUAAUAAUACCAAUAAUAUUGAUUAUUCAAAGAUAUUAACAAAUCAAUAUUUCUAUCAAUCAUCUAAUGAUAUUAAUCAAUUUAAAUAUUAUUUAUUAAAACAAAUUCAUUAUUUGAAAAGAAAUCAAUUUAAUUAUAAACAAAAUGUUCAAUCAAUAAAAGAUACUUAUAUUGAUCUUGAUAUAAAAUAUAAUAAUAAUAAUAAUGAUAUAGUAACUAAUUAUAAUGAACUAGAUCAAUUAGAUAUAUUUAUCAAUGAUAAUAUAAAUAAAUCAUAUAAAAUGAAUUCAUCAAAUAUUCAUAAAUUACGAUCAUAUUCAGCUCCUUCAAUAAAUAGAAAAUUAUCAGAUUUUUCUAAUUUCAAUAUACAAUUCAUGCAUCAUUGGAAACAAGAUAAUGAACAAUGUAUCAAUUUAAAUUCUAUUCAAUUACCAAAUCUUAUUGUAAAUUAUGAAACGAUUAAUGUAAAGAAGAAAUAA